UGGACGAGGGGGGUGCCCGCCCCGCCUCAGGCGGAGGGAGGCGCAGGUAGUGUGCAGGCGGCGGGCCGGGCGCUGCAGGGCUGCUGAGGUGGGGAAAGCAGCAGCGCGGGGGGCCGCUGUUCCGUGCGCUCCCGCCUGCGCUGGCCACUGCCCCGGCCCAGCCCGGAGAGCCCGGCGCCGCCCGCCGGCCAGCCGGGAGCCGAAGCCACUUAACCGUCAGGACUCGGCUGCAAGGGAGGUUAAUUGGACGCUGAUACCUUAUUACUGCUGCUGUGAGCUAAGAAAGCCAGGUCUGUUUGCGCUGCGUUUGCUCCAACUGUUCACAGACUGCUCCUGUGCUACUUGACAUACGAGAUGGCAUCACAUUUGAUCCCAUUCACUCACUCAACAAACCUCCCAUUGAACAGUUUCUUGAUGAACUGCAACUGAAUAGCUGACACUGCACACUACACUGUGCCUUUGGAGAUGGAGCCAAAAGUUAACCUUACCUUUGGGUGUCAACGAAGCUCAACAUCCGAUGACGACUCUGGCUGUGCCUUGGAAGAAUAUACCUGGGUUCCACCAGGUCUUAGACCAGAACAGGUACAGCUAUACUUUGCCUGUUUGCCGGAGGAGAAGGUCCCUUACAUUAACAGCCCUGGAGAAAAACAUAGAAUUAAACAGCUUCUGUACCAGUUGCCACCCCAUGAUAAUGAGGUGAGAUAUUGUCAAUCUUUAAGUGAAGAAGAGAAGAAGGAACUACAAAUGUUUAGCACUCAGCGUAAGAAGGAGGCAUUGGGACGAGGAACUAUUAAACUGCUCUCAAGAGCAGUAAUGCAUGCAGUCUGUGAACAGUGUGGUACAAAAGUAAAUGGAGGUGAAGUUGCAGUGUUUGCUUCAAGAGCUGGACCUGGAGUGUACUGGCAUCCAUCAUGUUUUGUGUGCUCUACAUGUAAUGAGCUUCUUGUUGACCUAAUCUACUUCUACCAAGAUGGAAAAAUUCACUGUGGUAGACACCAUGCUGAACUUCUCAAACCCCGUUGUUCAGCAUGUGAUGAGAUCAUCUUUGCUGAUGAGUGCACAGAAGCUGAGGGUCGCCAUUGGCAUAUGAAGCAUUUUUGUUGCCUUGAGUGUGAAACUAUCCUUGGUGGACAGAGAUACAUUAUGAAGGAUGGGCGUCCAUUCUGCUGUGGGUGUUUUGAAUCUCUUUAUGCUGAGUACUGUGAGACCUGUGGGGAACACAUAGGUGUUGACCAUGCUCAGAUGACCUAUGAUGGACAGCACUGGCAUGCCACGGAGACUUGUUUUUCUUGUGCUCAGUGCAAGGCCUCUCUGCUGGGUUGUCCUUUUCUUCCCAAGCAAGGACAAAUUUACUGUUCAAAAACUUGUAGUUUGGGAGAAGACGUUCAUGCCUCUGACUCAUCUGAUUCUGCAUUUCAGUCUGCACGAUCAAGAGACUCCAGAAGAAGUGUUCGUAUGGGAAAGAGCAGCCGAUCAGCUGACCAGUGUAGACAGUCUCUUCUACUGUCACCAGCACUGAAUUACAAAUUCCCUGGUCUUUCUAGCAAUGCUGAUGAUACUCUUUCUCGCAAGAUGGAUGACGUAAGCCUUUCAAGGCAAGGAGCAGGCUUUGUGAAUGAAGAUUUUUGGAAAGGAAGAGUAGAGCAGGAAGUGACCGAAGACCCUGAAGAGUGGGCUGAGCAUGAAGACUACAUGACUCAACUCCUCCUAAAAUUUGGUGAUAAAGGCCUCUUUCAGCAGCCUGCUGAAGUAGAUGUUACAUCAAAUGAACACUGGAUUUCUGAUAAUGUUAAAAGCAAGUCAGAUUUGAAAAAAAAUAAUCAAAGCCUGGCAAGUAAAAAAUAUCAGGCAGACAUGUAUUGGGCCCAGUCACAAGAUGGUUUAGGGGAUUCUGCAUAUGGCAGCCAUCCAGGGCCUGCCAGUAGUAGAAAAAUUCAAGAGUUAGAUAUGGAACAUGUGGCUUCAGGAUACAAACAUGACCAGACACAAUGGUAUGAAGGUUCAUUGGAAUGUUUGUCUGAUCUGAAACAACAAGAACAAAGUGUUCGAGAUUCAAUGGAUUCCUUGGCUUUGUCUAACAUCACAGGGGCCUCAGUGGACGGAGAAAGCAAAUCAAGGCCAUCUUUUUAUUCUUUGCAAACUUUCCAGGAGCUGGAGGCAGAGGACUGUGAGAAAAUGAGCAAUAUGGGAACUCUAAAUUCUUCAAUGCUCCACCGGAGUGCAGAGUCUUUAAAGAGUUUAAGUUCAGAGUUAUGUCAAGAAAAGGUGUUGCCAGAAGAAAAGCCAGCACACAUGCCUGUACUUAGAAGAUCCAAAUCCCAGUCUAGACCACAACAAGUAAAGUUUUCAGAUGAUGUUAUUGACAAUGGAGAUUAUGAGAGUGUUGAAAUUCGCCAACCUCCAAUGAGUGAAAGGACUCGUAGGCGUGUUUUUCAUUUUGAAGAACGUGGGAAUCGGCAUCAGCAUCGUCGCAGGAGAAGUAGGAAGUCUCGUUCAGAUAAUACACUUCAUUUAACUACAGAAAGAAGAUGUUCUCCAAAAGAAAGACUUCACUUUUACUCACCUCAGGAUUAUGGCAAAUUUAUCCAAAAUAAAAGCCCUCAUGAGGUUCAAGCUUACAUUCAAAACACAGAACUCUAUGGACAGUAUGCCCAUGCUAUGUCUGAUUAUGCACUGCGGAACCAGGCAGUUGAUAAAUUUUUUGGACUGUAUGGUGAGGAAGAAGACUCUUGGUGUUCAACUUCAUCAUCAUCAUCAUCUGAUUCUGAAGAGGAAGGAUAUUUUCUUGGACAGCCAAUUCCACAGCCACGAUCACUGAGGUACCCAUACUAUACAGAUGACCUUUCCAGUCCAAGCACUGCACUCGCCAGUUCUCAGUUUGGGCAAAGGACAACCAAAUCAAAGAAGAAAAAAGGACAAAAAGGCAAAAACUGCAUAAUUUCUUAACUCAUUAAGACUAACAGCCGAGACGACACAUUCAUAUAAACUUUGUAGUUAUAAUCUGUAAAUGAUAACCUUACUGGUGUUUACAGUGUAAAACUAACAUUCAGACAUGUCAUUUCUUCCAAUUAUCAGAUAUUGCCAGGUUUUCAUAAUAUAUGCUGUGGUUAUCAAAACAUCACAGUUUUACUUCCUUAUUACAGUUUACAGUCUUUCAUACAGACUUUGUGUAGACAUAAACAUUGUUUUGGAAAUUCAUUCCUGUUUAAACAUAUGAGAGAGGGUGCAAUAAGAGUGAACUGAAGUUAAAAAAAAUGCUUGUUCUUCACUGUUGCUUUACGUAUUCAGAUGGCCGCAAUAUCUUUGUUUUUACCUUUUGAGAGGAAAAGAGAGGGUUCUGUGGUGUGUUCCUUUUCUGCAACCUCCCAGUUUCAUUAGAACAAUCACAGCCUGGCUUGCCUUUCUUUACACAUCAAACUGGAGUUUUAACCUAUUGCUUUUAUUUUAUUGAACCCUGAUCUGCAGCUUUCCCAUUCUUCAUUUGUGUGUGCGCCAGCCCUUUAAAGGAAUGGAACCUUCAGUAAAAAGAGGCAAAUCAGAAAAUGACAUUUCAAAUAUCUGCGGCCAUCGUCCUAUCGUACAGAAGCAGUAAAUGGCCCAGACUUCUUUAAAAGAUUAAGAAUUCCAGGCACCCUUUCAAUGCAAUUUUUUAUUAACUAAGGUAAUCCAAGGUUCAGCUGGUUUAGAACUUGACUGGCAUUGUUUCACUGUAGGACAUGCACGUAGCUAUAACUGACAUUUUAAUACAAAGUAUGGUUUUCCUUAAAAACCCCUUAAAAAAAAAAGGGGUGGUGAGGGGAGAAACACAGUAUCCUAACACUGGAAACCCUUACACAUGCAAGUAACUUCUUUUAAGUCAAUGAAACUACUUCAUGUAAAGAAUACUUGCAAAAGGGUUGAAAGGAUUAGGACCAUAUUGUAUCUUUUGGAACUCAUUAUUCCAGAUUUUAAAUGUAUUAUUAGCUGCAAUUAGAAAUUGAAAACACAUUGAUAUUUAUAAUGUAGUAUUCCAUAGACUAAAAUGUAUUCAUAAUUUAACAGUGAAAAUAUUAAUGUACAUAUUGUACAGUUAAGAUUUAAAAACUGAUUAUUUUUAUAUCCCUGAAUUCCAAGAAGUUUGUUAUAAUACAAAACUAGAUUUAUUAGGUGUUUUAACAGCAACAUUAUGGAUGAAAAGAUUGUUUGUAUUUUAGUCAAGGGUUUACAUUUAGAAACAUUCAAAAUUUUAUUACUUAGUGAGCCAAAGCUUAAUUUUCUCUUCUAGAUAUUAAAAGCUCUGUAUGCAUGGCAGGGCUGUGUAAAUGCUCUCUAAACUAUGGCCCUUGUAAUCUUACAAAUGUUUAUUUAUGGGUCAAGCAAAAUGUAAACUGUAUAAAUGUAAAAAACCACACAAACCUGGAAUAUAUUAGUACAACAAAUAUGCAACUUCUGUGGAUUUUUUUUUAUAACCUUUGUUAUUGCCCUGCAUUAGAGAACAGUUAAUGUUGGGGUUGUGUAUGGAACAGGAUUGGCACAAAACUUUUAAAAGCUGCUUCUUUCCAUCAGUGAAUUUUAAAUGUACUGUAUGUAGGAAGUCUCCAUUUCUGCCCUUCAGCUAGCGUGUAUAUCAAGAGCAAUUUUGAUUUAGUUAUAAUAAACAUAUAUACCUCUUA